AUGGCCGGCAAUCCAGCGCGGAGACGCUCUCUCUCCGGCACUUCCAACUACGGGGCAGGUGACGAUGAGGGCUCUGUGCUGGGAACAGGGCUGACGUCCCGCCAGUUGGAGGCCUUUGGCCGGAAAGUCACUACCACCGCCUCCCAUCUCAUGAAUUCCACGGCAGACCCCACAAGCAAUGUCCAUUACCAGGCAGCCUUGUCAGGCAUCCAGCGGGAGCUCCGGCGGCCAGCAGCCCAGAGGAGAAUGUUUGCAUUCGCGCAGACCACGCCAACGGAGCUUGUACGCUCUAAGUUCUCGACGUCCGAAAUCCAAUACCGUGCCCUUUCCUCUCUUCCAGAUGACCUUCUGCAGCAUCUCCCCGAGGACACGAGCACGUAUUCGCUAUUCCAGGGGUUUCAGGCCUCCGUUGCGGACACGGAUAAUGAACACCGGAAAUCUCAUCGGAGGCGAAGCUCGCACGGCCAGAAGCGCCUGGAAGAUGUGGACAGGAAUACCGGUGCCCUACCUCCAACCAUAGGCCACUUGAAACGAGAGCGUGACUCGUUGAACCACCGGUUGGAAAUGAUGGGCGUCCGGAAGAAUAUGUGCAGUGCCGAAAUUCACGAAAUCGAUAACAAGAUCAUGAACUUGAACAAGAUGCGCAAGAUCGUUCUGGACCAAUGGGAUAAGCUAACCGACGCAGUGGUACAACUUGACAAUAGACUAGAGGACAUGGAGGACGCACUGGAUGAGUCCACGGCUGCAGCCACGGCGGCCACACCUAAGACUGGUGACAUUCCGAGUUCUCCGAUUGGCGACGGUGAGGGUGAUUCUUCAUUCAUGUCAGAAUCGAUCUACGAGAAGAUACCUUCACCGAAAACUUGGAGACACAAGACGUCGAAAAAACGGUCAACCCCUGUGCUGCAUGAACACUUCGAACCUGGCUCCCUAAUACGAGAGCUACAGGCGCAUAACGACAUGAUAGCUGCCUUGGACUUUGAUGUCCCCUUUGGUACCAUGGUCAGUGCAGCAUUAGAUGACACAGUCCGGGUAUGGGAUUUAAAUUUAGGACGAUGCAUGGGUUUCCUAGAAGGCCACCAUGCCUCGGUGAGGUGUUUGCAAGUCGAGGACAACAUCGUAGCCACUGGCUCAAUGGACGCGUCUAUCCGCCUGUGGGACCUUAGCCGCGCCAAGUACGCUCCGCGCGAUCACCGGGCCGAUAGGGACGAUGAGGAUGACGAGGAUGCCCUUGGAUUCGAGGACCCUGCAGCUGCACCACCCACUCCUCCGCCAUCGAGCAUGGACGAAUGUCCGCUCUUCAGCCUCGAGGCACACGUCGACGAGGUGACGGCCUUACAUUUACGUGGUGAUACGCUCAUAUCAGGAUCUGCAGACAAGACGCUGCGGCAGUGGGAUCUAGUUAAGGGCCGAUGCGUCCAGACUCUGGAUGUCCUCUGGGCUGCAGCACAGGCAUCAUCGACCAUGGCGGCAGGGGAUGCGGCAUGGCGGCCUACCGGUCGACUACCCGAUGCAUCGGCGGAUUUCGUCGGUGCCUUGCAGUGCUUUGAUGCUGCACUUGCCUGUGGAACGGCGGAUGGGAUGGUCCGUCUGUGGGAUCUUCGUAGCGGCCAAGUACAUCGAAGCCUGGUCGGCCAUACUGGCCCGGUGACCUGCUUACAGUUUGACGACGUACACUUGGUCACCGGCAGUAUGGACAGAAGCAUAAGAAUAUGGGAUCUUCGAACAGGCACUAUCCAUGAUGCCUACGCAUAUGACCAGCCGGUGACGAGCAUGAUGUUUGAUACGCGACGCAUCGUUGCCGCUGCUGGCGAGGAUGUGGUCAAGGUAUACGACAAGACAGACGGUAGGCACUGGGACUGCGGCCCAGGCGUGACAUCCGAGGACGACCGAGCACACAGCAUCGUAGAACGGGUACGGAUAAAAGACGGCUAUCUAACGGAGGGACGAAAGGAUGGCACUAUUGGCAUUUGGAAAUGCUGA